CCCACGUUUCCCGAUGCGGAUGACAUCGCCAUAUCGUCCGACUAUAUGUCACUAGGAUGUUACACGGAAGGUACAAAUGGCCGGUCGCUAGAGUACUCUCAAUGGGACUUUCUCAACGUAUCUUCAAUGACUACCGAGACUUGUCUCACUACCUGUGGGAAAAAGGGUUUCCCAUUUGCUGGCACCGAAUUUGGGCGUGAAUGUUAUUGCGGCGUGGUUCUAGGGAACGGCACAUUACCUACAGACGCUGGGCAAUGCUCCACUCCAUGCACUGGUAACAGCACGGAAACCUGUGGAGGGCCUGAUCGACUCUCUUUGUACGUCGCUAAGAAUCUCGAGUCCACCGACCCAUGCGCUCCACCAAUCAUCUCAUCAACUACGCCGACGCCUACUCCUACACCGACAUCUUCAACCCCCACUUCCUCCCCUAGUACACCUUCGACAUCCACACCAAAGUCGUCGACAACAACCCCUUGUGCAGGGCAUUAUUGCCCCAUUACGACUAAGCCGAGCUCAUCGACAUCUAAAACUAGCACCUCCACACCCAAGUCUUCUACGACAAAAUGUACGGGCUACUGCGCUAUCCCACCCCCAGUAAAGCCAAGUAGCACCUCCACGGCCAAGGCCACCAAACCCACAUCAAAGCCCACUUCAACUCUCAAACCUUCCACGACAAAGUGUUCGGGAUACCAAUGUGCCACGUCGACAACUCUUCGUACGACUACCGCGCCGACGUUGAAACCCACGAUCCCACCAUGUCAGGGUAUCCUUUGUUGGCCUCCACCUGGUAAUCCGUCAACGAGCUGCUGGCUCGGUCUUAUUUGUCCACCUGCAACUACUAAAACUACUUCGAAGUCGUCAUCUUCGGUCAAGACUACUUCGCAAAAGAGUUCUUCGACAAAGAAAUCGAGUUCUACGGUUCAGGGCUAUCCAACUGUGCCACGACCUACGCACUAUUAG